GAGAGUGUAGGCUAUUUCUUGUAUACCUGAAAAUGUCUGAAAGAAAAGUUUUAAACAAAUAUUAUCCACCAGAUUUUGAUCCAAGCAAAAUCCCCCGUCUUCGUCGGACAAAGGAACAGCUUUCUUAUAAAGUUCGAUUGAUGGCUCCGUUUAAUAUGAGAUGUAAUGCUUGCGGUAAUUAUAUAUACAAAGCCACUAAAUUUAAUUCUAAAAAGGAGGAUGCCGAAGGCGAGGACUACUUGGGAAUCCAAAUUUAUAGAUUUUAUAUAUCUUGCCCUCGCUGCUCUCAGCAGAUUACUUUUAAAACUGAUCCAAAAAAUGCUGAUUACGUAAUUGAACAUGGAGCUACUAGAAACUUUGAGCUAUGGAAACAAGAAAAUGAGAAGGAAGAAAAAAUUAAAAGCAAAAAAGAACAGGAAGAAAUGGGAAAUGCUAUGAAAGUUCUUGAAAACAGAACUAAAGAAUCUAAACGUGACAUGGAAAUUUUGGACGCGUUGGAAGACAUUAAAGAAAUUAAUUAUCGCAACGAACAAAUUUCUAUAGACGCGAUUUUAAAUUUUCAUAAAGAGGCUUCACAUAAAACAGUCCGGGAGGAGCGAAUGACGGAGGAAGAAGAAGAUGAAGCUUUAGUUCAAAAGGUUUUUGGGAAGGAGACACUGAAGAUUAAGAGAAUAAAAGAUGAAGAAGAAGAUAAUGAUAACAUUUACUUUUAUAAAACUUCUAAUAAAAAUAAUAAUAACAACUUGAAAGUGAAAAAAAAAUUGGAUAGAGUAGUUUACAGCUUAGUAAAAUUGAAAAAACAGCCAACAUCUGCUUUAGCAGGGUUGGGCUUGGAUAAAUACUCCAGCGGAAGUGAAUCGGAAGGCUAAAAAAAAACUGCGCGCUAUGAAAUUCUAAACUUUUUACUCGCGCUCUUAGUGCAGGGAGU